AUGAGAUUCGACGUCCUCCUCCUGGCUGCUCUCCCUUCGGUCAUGGCCGCCAAGCUGGCCUACUCCCCUCCCGCCAGCCUCUUGAGCAUGGCAUCGGCCGAGGACAGUGACUGCACCCUCCCCGCCGAGUACAAGAUCCAGAACUUCCACGCCCAGUCCAACAACACGGGCUCCACCCUCGACGCCUUCGAUUUCAAGUACAUCGACGCCGAGACCCAGGUCACGACGCUCUGCCACUUCAACGAGACCUCCAAGUCCACCACCCCCGACACUCUCACCCCCCGCUACGCCUGUGAGGAUGGGGAGGUCAAGUUUAUCUGGGAGGACUCCGAGGGCCAGCUUACCCUUAUCGAGCGCAUCUGCCCUAGUGAUGGCAAAGCUCAGUACGAAGUCUCCGGCGGCCUCCAGAUCGAGCUCGUCUGCGGUCGCGGAGGCUCCUGCGCCACCAACUCGACAUCUCAGGUCGCCAAGUUCUCCAGCCUUCAGCCCGUGAGGGACCCUACGCUCCGCGUCUAA